AUGUGUGGCAUUAACAACUUUUUUUUUUUUUUUUCUGCAGAUAUUGCUGUUGUAGAGAUGAGUGACGCCUUCCGUCAGCCUUCCCUGUUCUACCACCUGGGAGUCAGGGAGAGCUUCAGCAUGGCGAACAACAUUAUCCUCUACUGUGAUACAAACGCAGAGGCUCUGCAGUCACUGAAGGAAAUUAUUUUCCAGAAGAAUAAUAUGUGCACUGGUAACUACAUAUUUGUUCCUUAUAUGAUAACUCCACAUAACAAGGUGUACUGCUGCGAUAGCAGUUUUAUGAAGGGACUAACAGAACUGAUGCAGCCCAGUUUUGAGUCGCUGCUUGGCCCUAUAUGCUUACCUUUGGUGGAUCGAUUUAUUCAGCUCUUGAAGGUGGCACAGGCCAGUUCAAGCCAGUAUUUCCGUCAGUCCAUUCUGAAUGACAUCAGGAAGGCCCGUACCCUCUACACAGGCAAAGAGCUUGCAGCAGAGCUGGCAAGGAUCCGACAGCGAGUGGAUAAUGUUGAAGUAUUGUCUGCUGACAUUGUAAUAAACUUGCUGCUGUCCUACAGAGACAUCCAGGAUUACGAUUCCAUUGUGAAACUGGUGAAAACUUUAGAAAAACUGCCUACUUUUGACUUGGCUUCCCACCACCAUGUGAGGCUUCAUUAUGCAUUUGCGCUGAACAGGCGAAAUCUGCCUGGCGACAGACAGAAAGCUCUAGAAAUUAUGAUACCCCUAGUAGAACAGGAAGACCAAGUAGCUUCAGAUAUGUACUGCCUGGUUGGUCGAAUUUACAAGGACAUGUUUUUGGAAUCUGGAUUCAUAGAUACAGAAAGCAGGGACAAAGGGACGUUCUGGUUCAAGAAGGCGUUUGAGUCAGAGCCAACAUUACAGUCGGGAAUUAAUUAUGCAGUACUCCUCCUGGCAGCUGGACAUUGCUUUGAUACUUCUUUUGAGCUGCGGAAAGUUGGAGUAAAGAUCAGCAGCCUGCUUGGUAAAAGGGGGAGCUUGGAGAAACUGCAGAGCUAUUGGGAAGUGGGAUGUUUCCUAGGGGCCAGUAUGUUGGCUAAUGACCAUGUCAGAGUGAUCCAGGCUUCAGAAAAGCUGUUUAGGCUAAAGGCACCAGCAUGGUACCUGAAGUCUAUUGUAGAGACUAUUUUGAUAUGUCAGCAUUUUAGGAAACUGACUCCAGAACAUCAUACGGCCAAACAGGAACUUGUGGACUUCUGGAUGGACUUCCUUGUUGAAGCCACAAAGACAGAUGUGUCUGUAGUUCGAUUUCCAGUUUUAAUAUUAGAACCAACAAAAAUAUAUCAGCCCUCAUAUCUCUCCAUCAACAGUGAAGCCGAGGAGAAGACUGUAUCUAUUUGGCAUGUGCUCCCUGAUGACAAGAAAGGUAUACAUGAGUGGAACUUCAGUGCUGCUUCUAUCAGGGGAGUAAGCAUUUCGAAGUUUGAAGAACGGUGCUGUUUCCUGUAUGUGCUGCACAACUCAGAUGACUUUCAGAUCUAUUUCUGCACAGAACUUCAUUGCAGAAGGUUUUUUGACAUGGUGAACAGUAUCACUGAAGAAAUAGGGAAGACUACAGAGGAAGGGGAAUGUGAUGGAGACUCUUUAGAGUAUGAUUAUGAAUAUGAUGAAAAUGGCGAGCGAGUUGUUCUGGGGAAAGGAACUUACGGCAUUGUAUAUGCAGGACGAGAUUUGAGCAAUCAAGUCAGAAUUGCUAUUAAAGAAAUCCCAGAGAGAGACAGCAGGUAUAGUAGCUGUGGCUGA